AUGUGGGUAAGACUGAUGGAACAAAAAAAUGAAACUUCUGAGGGAGACUUCAUUUUGCUUGGAUUCUCAGAUCAGCCCCAAGUGGAAGCCAUGCUUUUUGUGGUAGUUUUGAUAUCUUAUCUUCUGACCCUUGUGGGCAACACAGCCAUUAUCCUGGUUUCCUGCCUGGACUCCAAACUGCACACACCUAUGUACUUCUUUCUCACAAAUCUCUCCUUUCUUGAUCUUUGCUUCACCACUAGCAUUGUCCCCCAGCUAUUGUGGAACCUUAAAGGACCAGCCAAGACCAUCUCACCCAUGGGCUGUGCCAUACAACUCUAUGUGUCCCUCUCCUUUGGCUCCACCGAAUGUGUCCUCCUUACUAUCAUGGCAUUUGACCGCUAUGUAGCUGUCUGCAGACCUCUCAAUUACACUACUAUCAUGCACCCGUCAUUUUGCAAAACCUUGGCAGGAAUAUCAUGGCUCAGCGGAGUAGGAAACACUCUCAUCCAAGGUACCAUCACUCUUCGGCUUCCUCGAUGUGGGCAUCACCAUCUCCACCAUUUCCUGUGUGAGGUGCCUGCCAUGAUUAAGCUGGCUUGUGUUGACAUCCAUUCUAAUGAAGUUCAGCUUCUUGUGGCUACAUUAGUUCUCCUCCUUCUUCCCAUGGCAUUGAUAGUGGUCUCCUAUGGAUUAAUUGUUCAAACCGUGAUAAAACUUAAGUCAUCUCAAGCUUGGCGGAAGGCCCUAGGGACCUGUGGGUCACAUCUACUAGUGGUGUCGCUCUAUUUUGGAACCAGCUCAGUCAUAUACAUUCAACCAAAGAGAACCCUUGGCCAUAGUCAAGGCAAGUUCCUCACACUCUUCUAUACAGUUGUGACUCCCACCCUCAACCCCCUCAUAUACACUCUGAGGAACAAGGAUGUGAAAGGAGCACUGAGAAGACUGUUCAAAAGAAAGCAAAAUUUACAAAGAAAAAUCAGGAAAUAG